AUGGAGCGGCGGCGACGCGCAGACAACUCGACGGGUCGACGCCGGCGCAGUCGGAGCUCCAGCCCCGUGUCGUCUCGUCUGCGCUACCACUUGCGCCGGCGUCACACGCGGCCGCCCCCGGUACACCGACGCCGUCCCCGACGCUCGGCCCUCGACUCGGACUAUGACUCGAAAAUUAGCCCCCGCAGUCGCUCCAUGCGACGCAAAAUAGACUCGAGAGCGCCAGGUCGGUCGAGGUCCCGGUCGGAUUCCCGUAAGCCAAGAUACCAUGUGGACACGCGGUCGCGGUCGGAAUCCAAUGGAAGCCACCGGCAUCGCCAACAACGCUAUAACGGCCGGACGUCCCGCUCGUCGCGUAGCGACAGCCAGACGCGUGGACGACGCAAGAGUCCUGAAAAGCACUACAAGACGCGUCGUCGUUCACCGCGCGGGAAGCACAAGCAGCGGCAGUCGCGACGACAUGAGCCGUACCACGAGCGGCAGUCGCUGUUGAUGCCGCCGCUUGCGACACCGAAAGACGGCAGCGAAGAUAGUGCAUCGCACGACGAUACAGUGGGAAGCUACGCCGGUAAACCUGGUGAAUACAUUGCCAAUCGCUACAAGAUCAUCCGCGAGGCAGGACUGGGUACAUUUGGCCGUGUGCUUGAGUGUCUCGAUAAGCAGCGCAACAUUGUGGUGGCCAUCAAAGUUGUUCGCAAGGUGGACAAAUACACGGAGUCGGCCAAGAUUGAGGCAGCUAUCUUGCAGGAUGUGAACGACAAGGACAAGAACAACGAGUCGCUCUGUGUCCGUAUGUUCAAGUGGCUUGAGUACAAGGGUCACGUGUGCAUGGUGUUUGAGCGUCUCGGGUGCUCGUUGUACGACUACUUGAAAAACCACGACUACAAGCCGUUUCCGCUGCACUGCAUCCGCGCUUAUGCGUGGCAGCUCUUGACGUCGCUGGAGUUUAUUCACAGUAUCCGGCUUAUUCACACAGACCUCAAGCCCGAAAACAUACUGCUGGUGGAUGACGAAGAAGAGAGACUCUCGUGCGACUCGUCAUCGCCGUCGUCGACGUCCUCCUUUGACUCGCGUGAGGGAUCUUCAGGACGCGAACGAUGGUCAAAUGGGCGCCAGUGGAAGAAACGUGAGCGCGAUGUGUCUGGUGGUGACAACGGGCGACCGUCGCUUCGUCCCCCGGCGAACAAUGCAGUGAAGCUUAUUGAUUUUGGCGGUGCGACGUACGAAGACGAGUCGAAGAGCUCCAUCAUCAACACGCGUCAAUACCGUUCGCCCGAGGUGAUUCUUGGGCUGGGAUGGAGUUAUCCGUCGGAUAUUUGGUCCGCUGGCUGUAUCAUUGCAGAGCUCUACCUGGGUGAGCUGCUGUUUGCUACGCACGAGAAUAUGGAGCACCUUGCUCUCAUGGAGCGCUGCAUCGGUCCACUUCCCGUGAAAAUGGCGACCAAGGCAUCGAAACACUCGGCGUCGUCCAAGUUUUUUCGUCGUGGGAGGCUCAACUGGCCUGCUGGUUCGUCGAGUGACGAAAGCGUCGACCACGUGCGAAGAAUGCGGUCGCUGGCGGAGAUGAUUUCUCGCGAGGACGCCCAGAGUGGUCUACUGGAGCUGCUGCAGCUCAUGCUGGUAUUGGACCCCGAGAACCGGGUGACAGCCAAAGAGGCUCUCAACACUCCAUUCUUCGAUGGAUUUUCGUAUCGCAACAUCGUGCCGAGAUGGCCAUCAUAA